AACCACGUCCUGUUGUAUAUAAGUGUCUUCAUAGUCACAAUGCUGUCUCUUAUUAUUUACUAUCUCUUUUAUACUCAUCUUAAUUUUAUCAUUUGAGGCGGCUUCGAUCUGUCUCAAGUUUUUCACCCCUCAUCAUGAGCGACCUCUUCCGCGAGACCGCUGCCGGGCGGAUUAUCCGUUUUAUUUCACGACGAAAAUUGCUACAGUACCCAGAGGAGCUCCCAGGUUUCCAAUUCCAAUAUCUGACACCACAAAGUUUAGAGAAAAUUGCAUUGGAGAAAGAAAAGAGAUCGAUUGAUGCUGUGGAUAUCCCUGAUCUUGAGAAAUCAGAGCCGAAGAGCGAUUCCUCAGCGGCUACUGACCAUGCAACCCCCAAGGAUGAAUUUGUCUUGGUGGAUUGGUACUCGGAAGACGACCAAGCAAAUCCUCAGAAUUGGAGCACGAAAAAGAAGGUCUUUGUAGCAUUUGAGAUUUGUCUGUACACGUUCACUAUCUAUAUAGGUUCUGCGAUUUAUGCUCCUAGCAUGGAGGGAGUCAUGAAAGAGUUUGGAGUCUCCGAAAUUGUAGCAUCUCUUGGACUCGCCCUUUAUGUUAUAAGUUAUGGUCUAGGUGCCUUACUAUGGUCCCCACUGAGCGAAAUCCCGAUUCUGGGAAGAACUUCUAUCUAUAUCGUCACAUUUUUCAUUUUCGUCAUCUUGUUGAUACCAACAGCCUUGGUCCAGAACAUCGGAGGACUACUAUUUCUACGCUUCCUCCUUGGGUGGUUUGGCUCUCCAUGCUUGGCAACCGGUGCUGCCGGCUUCUCAGACAUGUUCACUUUCCUUAAGCUCCCUUACUGUUUAGCCUUUUGGGCAGCUUCAGGAACCAUGGCCCCCGCAAUGGGUCCGAUCGUCGCCGGUUUCUCCGUCCCUGUGAAGGGCUGGCGAUGGAGUAUGUGGGAGAACCUGUGGCUUAGCGCUCUCGUAUUCAUCUUGUUGCUCUUCUGUCUCCCUGAAACCUCGAGCGAUAACAUCCUACUCCGACGUGCGGCUAGACUUCGAAAGGUCACUGGCAACGCGAAUAUCAGGUCUCAGUCAGAGAUUACCCAGCAACACAUGUCCGCCAAGGAGAUGGCAUUUGAGGCCUUGGUCAAGCCAUGGGAAAUGAACAUUCUCGACCCUGCGGUCUUGUUUACGACGCUUUAUGCUAGCAUUUGCUAUUCUAUCUUUUACACGUUCUUUGAAGUAUUUCCAUUGGUUUUCCCAGCAAUGUAUACCUUCAGCUCUGGCGAGUCUGGGCUUGCAUUUCUCUCUGUCCCGAUCGGUGUCGGACUCACGAUUCCGGUUUGCCUCGCACACUACGCCUAUUAUGUUGAGCCAGGGCUGGCUAAAAACGGCGCCCCAGAGCCAGAAGUAUGGCUAAAACCAGGUCUUAUUGGUAACUUCCUUGUGCCGAUUGGGCUCUUCAUCUUUGCAUGGACAGCACGCCCCUCGGUACACUGGAUCGGCCCCGUCAUUGGAGUCGCCAUUUGCCAAUCAGGAUCCUAUAUCGUUUUGAACGUUCUUUUCACUUACAUUCCUAACAUCUAUCCAAAGUAUGCGGCUUCACUAUUUGCCGCAAACGACGCAGCACGUAGCACCCUCGCUGGAGCGGCCAUUUUGUUCGGACGACCACUAUUUAUCAACCUUGGCGUUGGAGGCGGCGUCAGCUUCUUAGCUGGUCUGGCGUUACUUUGCUUAGUCGGAUUUUACGCUCUCUACUAUUUCGGUGAGAAUUUGAGAAAGAGAAGUAGGUUUGCCAUUGAAUAAUGGUAUAAUUGCAUAUCGUCGAGGUCGAAUUUUUAAAUUGUUUGUUAGAAUAAAUAGAAUGGUUAGAACGGUUAGAGCGGACAUUAUUUUCUAGGGGCGCAGGUUUGGUAAAAUUGCGGAG